AUGGCAACCGGUGUUAUUGCCAGGUCCCCUUUGAGAUGUAUGAUACUGAAGACACAAGAAUUCAACCCAAGUCCAAACCUCUGCGGCCCCGGUAUUGGCUUUUGGAUUGAUGCUCGACGACCACGAGGAGCAACUCCGAUUCAAAGACCUACACAUGCUGUGUAUACGAGGACAAAGUCAUUGAUUAUUUCAACGGAUGUCGCGAUAAUGGUGGCUAUUUAA